CACUUCCUCUGAGUUGCUAUAAAGUUACACACAACAUCAAUCUCCACACAAGUUCAACCUGAACACGUUCAAGAAGAUCACAGAAUGAAGACUCUGCUGCUUUCACUCCUCUGUGUGUUUGUGUGUUCUCAACACACAGAAGGUGUCACUGAUCAACAGGUGACUUUAGGACAGAGUGUGACUUUAGCUUGUGAGUUUAAAUGUAAAGCUGCUAUUUGGUUUGUGAUAAAGCCAUCAGUUCGUCCAGUGAUGAUACUGCGUACGUUUGGAUCUGAAAAGCCUGAAUAUUACGACGAGAAAUUCCGCAACAAAUAUUCAGAGGGAAGCAGGAGCCAAUUAAUUAUCAAUACUGUCACUGCUGAUGAUUUAGGAACUUAUUACUGUAUAAAACCAGGCUGGGCUCUACAGAUCAGUGACGGUAUGAGACUGGACACCACUGAAGCCCCCCAUGGGCCAGAUGAACCAGAGCAAAAGAAUCCCGCACAAGAUCAGAGAGCAAAUCAGAUCCUGAUUGUCAUGUUCACCCUGCUGAUGGUUGUGCUGUUUGCUGCAGUGAUAGGUUUAGUAAUUAUGAACCGUAAAAUGUCUAGGAAAAUUCCUAGAUAUGAAAGUUCUCAGCAGAUUUUAAACAGAAGAAUAACACCCAUUCGGACCAACGUCACUGUUGAUCCACUGACCGAUCAUGAAUAUCUAGAAGUGCUGCCAUCCCCUGAAUAUGAAAUAGCAACAUAUUGA